AUGUCCGAGUACGAUGACCCAAACAUGCCCCCUCCGGACGCCAUGGGCGACGACAGACCAUCCGACAAUGAAGACCAGCUCAACGACGUGAGCCCAGAAUUUGAUGAUCCAGAGCCCGCUCCGGCACCAGCAGAUGAUGACGAUGACGACGAAUCCCUCCUCUCAGAAGUAGACGAAGCACAAUUCGCCGACUUCGACCCUUCGGCCGUUCAGGUUGCACCAGAUUACGACAGUCUCAAGACAAUCAAAGCGUCAAGACGACAGCGAGCGCCCGGUGAGGAAGCGCCACAGAGGAGCAAGGAAGGCAGGAGAGAAAAGGUCAAGAAGAACAAGCGGCGGCAAGCAGAUAGCGAUGAUGGCUUCAGUGGAGGCGAAGAGAUCGAUGGCAAGCGGCCACGAAAAUCAAAGUCUGGAACCAACGGCGAGCGAAAGCCGCGGGCUCCGAGAGAGGAAAUCGACGAGAGCACACUCACACCAGAGGAGCGGAGACGAAGAGCGCUCGACCGAGCCAUGGACGCUGCAAUCAAGAAGACCAGCACUCGACGGCUGAAGCGAGGCGAGAUUGAUCUGGAGGCAAUGGCGGACACAGAAAUCGCUGAAAUACGCGAGCGCAUGAACGAGGCUGCCAGAUUGGAUCAGGAUCUUGUCGAGCGCGGUCAGCCCGCGUCCCAUAAGCUUUCCAUGCUCAACCAAGUCGUUGCUCUCCUCAGUCGCACCACACUACGAGCUGGCAUCCUCGAUCCCGACACCAACAUACUUGAAUCCGUCCGCUUUUUCCUGGAGCCCCUGUCGGACGGGUCUUUGCCAGCCUACAACAUUCAGCGCGAAUUGUUCACCGUACUCAACGACCUGCCGAUGACGAAAGACGCCCUCAUCGCUUCCGGAAUUGGCAAGGUGAUUUUCUUCUACAAGAAAUCAAAGCGAGCGGAACCGGCCAUUAAGCGAAUGGCAACGAAGCUGAUGGAGGAGUGGUCCCGGCCUCUGCUGCAGAGGAGUGACAACUUCCAGAAGAAGCAGUUCCAGACCGUCAGUUUCGAUGCGAGUCGUUUGGAGGAGCUCAAAGCGGUGCCGUCCGUCCAGAAGAAGGCUACCAAUAUGGUGGGUCCUGGAAAGAAGGACACGAAUCGUGCACGGCCGAUCAUGGGUACGGCAAGCUACACCAUCGUGCCGCAGGUGCAUCAUGUGCAGAGUCGGACGAGAUGA